CCAUUUCAUGGAAAUAAUGAAUAAAAUAUGCCCAAAUAUUCAAUCAGGCGAUUAUCACAUAAAUGGUCUUUGAUUCGGAAUCGUUGGCAACGUCAAUUCUUUGAUCGUUGCCAAUUAUGUUCAUUGUUUUUCAAAAGUCAUUUUUAUAAUAUACAUUCCAACGCAUAUUAUCUAGCCGAUACCAUUUUAGAUCCUUUAUUUUAUGCAAUCGAUCAUUAUCUUAAAUACUGUGGAACAUUAUUCGUUCUUGUUGUAUUUUUCCUCUUGUUUGCAUUCAUUUCCUUUGCCUAUAUUAUUGGAGUUCCAUAUUGGUAUCAUCGAUCACAGCCAAUUUUCUGGAUAGCCUUUACGAUUGGGCACUGGCUUUUGAUCAAUGUGAUAUGGAAUUAUUUUAAAUCACUAUAUACAUUACCUGGUUGGGCCAUUGAUAAACCGAUUAUAAUCGAAGUGACUUCAUUUUGUAAAAAAUGUUCAGCAGCUAAACCACCACGAUGCCAUCAUUGUUCGGUUUGCAACAAAUGCAUUUUAAAAAUGGAUCAUCAUUGUCCAUGGCUAAAUAAUUGCAUUGGCCAUUAUAAUCAUCGGUAUUUCUAUUUCUUUUGUGCAUACACAUGGUUGGGUACAAUUUUUGUUAUGGCUUUUGGCGUUUGGAUAGCCGUUGAUCAUUGGUUUUCUCAAUUCAGUCCGUUCGAACCCAUAUAUAUUCCAUGGUUCGAAAAGGAUUAUAUUACAGAUUCGCUAGUCAUCCGAUUUUUAUGGUUAUUCAAUCGACCAAAAUGGAAAACAAAAUUGAUGGUUUUUGAAGCCAUUAUAACAGUAUUAUUGUUUAUUCUUCUAGGUUUGUUAUUACGUUAUCACACGAUAUUGAUAACUAACGGUGAAACAUGCAUUGAACGUUAUAUUAAUCGUAAAUGUCGUCGACAUUUUCAACAAUAUAAUCGCCAUUACCAGAAUCCAUAUGAUUUUGGAUGGCGAGAAAAUUGGCGUAGAUUUUUAGGCUUUGAUCGCCAUCGACAUCCAUGGCUUCAUAUAUUAUUGCCUUCAAAUUUUGGACCAAAAAGAGAUGGUUUCACUUGGGAAACAAUCGAUGAUAAUCAUUUAAAUGAUGAAAUAUGCUAUAAGAUUAUUUAAUUUAUAUUUGCAAUGAAUAAAAUCGAAAAAUCAUUAUGGAAA